UACAACAGUAGAAGUUACAACAGUAGAAGAUACAACAGUAGAAGAUACAACAGUAGAAGAUACAACAGUAGAAGUUACAACAGUAGAAGAUACAACAGUAGAAGAUACAACAGUAGAAGAUACAACAGUAGAAGAUACAACAGUAGAAGAUACAACAGUAGAAGUUACAACAGUAGAAGAUACAACAGUAGAAGUUACAACAGUAGAAGAUACAACAGUAGAAGAUACAACAGUAGAAGAUACAACAGUAGAAGAUACAACAGUAGAAGUUAAAAGAGUAGAUGUUUGUUUGGGGAGCACAAGCGUAAAAAGAUGUCAAAGGGAAUCUAUGAAUACACAAAUGGAUUUGAAGACGAAGAACCUAAUGAAAUAGAGACCAUGGAUAUUGAUGAUCAUAUUUACAACAACGAAAGACCCAUCAUGCCCCGCAAGAAGGAUGGAGCUGGUGAACAACAUUCAGUGUAUCUUUGGAGGUGGAAGAGACAUUUCCCAACUGCUGCAGUGUGUCUGGGGCUGCUGUGUGUUCUCCUACUGGCUUGGAUCAUAGGCCUGUUACUCUACCAGAGAAACCAAUUGACCAGUUUCGACACCCUGACGAAAGAGAGAGACCAGCUACAGACCAGUUUCAACACCCUGACCAAAGAGAGAGACCAGAUACAGACCAGCUACAACACCCCGACCAAAGUGAGAGACCAGCUACAGACCAGCUACAACACCCUGACCAAAGAGAGAGACCAGCUACAGACUAGCAACAACACGCUGACCAAAGAGAGAGACCAGCUACAGACCAGCUACAACACCCUGACCAAAGAGAGAGACCAGCUACAGACCAGCUACAACACCCUGACCAAAGAGAGAGACCAGCUACAGACCAGCUACAACACUCUGACCAAAGAGAGAGACCAGCUACAGACCAACUACAACACCCUGACCAAAGAGAGAGACCAGCUACAGACCAGUAACAACACCCUUACUGCAGAAAAAGACCAGCUGCAGACCAGCUACAACACCCUGACCAAACAGAGAGACCAGCUACAGACCAGCUACAACUCCCUGACCAAAGAGAGAGACCAAUUACAGACCAGCUACAACACCCUGACCAAAGAGAGAGACCAGCUCCAGACCAGUAACAACACCCUUACUGCAGAAAGAGACCAGCUGCAGACCAAUUAUAACACCCUGACCAAACAGAGAGACCAGCUACAGACCAGCUGCAACACCCUGACUGCAGGAAGAGACCAGAUACAGGCUAACAACAACAGCCUGACCAAAGAGAGAGACCAGCUGCAGACCAGCAACAACACCCUGACUGAAGAAAGAGACCAGCUACAAAAAGAGGCAGAAUGUCUAAAACAAUCUUUAGUUCAGAAAGUGUGUCCGGACGGAUGGAAGAAGCUUGGUAGCAGUUGUUAUUACGUCUCUACUGAGACAAAAUCCUGGGAGGAGAGCAGACAGGACUGCAGAAAUAGAGGAGCAGACCUGGUGGUCAUCAAGAGCGAAGACGAUCAGACAUUUGUCAAUUGGUUAUGCGGUGUAAAGAACUAUGUCUGGAUUGGUCUGACUGACUCUGUUUCUGAGGGGACCUGGAAAUGGGUGGACGACACACCACUGACCAGAAAGUAUUGGAACAGUAAAGACCCUAAUGGUGGAGGAGCAGAGAACUGUGUGUAUUUCUACUCCUGGUCAUCAGACACAGGAGAAUGGUGGGACUAUGACUGUUCCUAUAAAUACAGAUGGAUCUGUGAGAAAUAGGAUUCUUCUGGGUUCUCUGUCUGAACUGGUAAAUUGGAUUCUCCUUGGUCGUCUCUCUGAACUGCUAACUAGGAUUCUCCUUGGUCGUCUCUCUGAACUGCUAAAUAUGAAUCUCCUUGGUCGUCUCUCUGUACUGCUAACUAGGAUUUUCGUUGGUCGUCUCUCUGUACUGCUAACUAGAUCUCCUUGGUAGUCUUUCUGUACUGCUAAAUAUGAUUAUCCUUGGUCGUCUCUCUGAACUGCUAACUAGGAUUCUCCUUGGUUGUCUCUCUGAACUGCUAAAUAUGAUUCUCCUUGGUCGUCUCUCUGAACUGCUAACUAGGAUUCUCCUUGGUUGUCUCUCUGAACUGCUAACUAGGAUUCUCCUUGUUCGUCUCUCUGAACUGCUAAAUAUGAUUCUCCUUGGUCGUCUCUCUGUACUGCUAACUAGGAUUCUCCUUGGUCGUCUCUCUUCGGGGCAAAGAGAGGACAACUCGCUGGCACCAAUGUUUUCUAUAGCACAAAACUCCCAUCAGGAUGUGUAACAAACAAUUUGGCUCCAGUAACAGAGGUGGACGGUGGUGGACGCGGUCCUUCGUUGCUACCGCAUUGGGGACCCGCUCAACUGA